GGCCGUGAGCGAGGUUUGGCGGUAUUUCUUGUUGGUGGCGGACAUGUUUGUGAACUUGCGUUUACUUUGAGUCAUUCCGUGCGUGUGUGUGUUCAGGUGUGUUAGUGUUUGCUUUGCUCUUAUCUGAGUGUUUUGAAAUAAACUUCUGGAUUGGGCAGUUUAUGUUGUACGGGCUGAGCUGUAAGGUGAGAAUCUCAUAAGGUAAGGGAGCAGAGUGGCAUGGAACACAGAUGUCUACUGGUCGCGAUAUUUUCUGUAACAGACCUGCGCCCCUGACCGGACGCCGCGUUAACAAACAAGUGAGGAUCUGAGAGCGACUCCACAUCUCGCCGCAGAGCGACGUGGAAAGUGCAUUCAGACAUCAGCUAUAGGGUCCGACCACGAUGGGCAGCUGACCCACACAGUGUUUCCCUCCACGCCCGCUUCGCCCCAGAAUGACGAUGGCUCUGCUACUGCGCCGGCGCUCCUUGCUCCUGAAGAUCGUGCUCCUCAUCUUCACCGUCUGGUUCACCGUCGCCUUCCUCCUGUACACCGAGCAGCGCGGGCCGCCCGCAGACACGAACCCCGACCCAGCCCUGCCAGCGCCUGCAGCUCUGCUGAAGAAGACGCCCGAACCGAGUUCCGCUAAGGAACCCCCGGCAGCAGCCCCCUCUGGUGACAGCCAUGAGAACGCGGGCCCUGAGGAAGGGGUGGGGGGAGUGCUGGUCCCUCCCAGGGACCCUGACGAGGACUCGAGCAGUGUGCAGUAUGGUGAGAUGGGGAAGCCGGUCGUGCUGCCGGCCAACUUAUCGGCCGAUGUGAAGAAGCUGGUGGACGAGGGAUGGCAGAAGAAUGCCUUCAACCAGUAUGUUAGUGACCUCAUAUCGGUCCACAGGAAGCUGCCUGACCCCAGGGACCAAUGGUGCAAGGAGCCGGGCCGCUACCUGGAGAAGCUUCCAGCCACGUCCGUCAUCAUCUGCUUCCACAACGAGGCAUGGUCCGUGCUCCUGCGCACUGUCCACUCCGUGCUCGACCGCUCUCCGCCCCAUCUGCUCAAGGAGAUCAUCCUCGUGGACGACUUCUCCGAUAUGGCUCAUACGAAACGGCAACUGGAGGACUACAUGGCUAUGUACCCCAAGGUGAAGAUAGUGCGGGCGUCCAAGCGGGAGGGUCUCAUCAGGGCGCGCCUCCUGGGCGCCAAGCACGCCACGGCGCCCGUCCUCACCUACCUGGACUCACACUGCGAGUGCACUACGGGGUGGCUUGAACCUUUGCUUGACCGCAUAGCACGUGACUCAACCACGGUCGUGUGUCCAGUGAUUGACGUAGUAGACGACACGACGCUGGAGUACCACUGGAGGGACUCGGGAGGAGUGAAUGUGGGCGGGUUCGACUGGAACCUGCAGUUUAACUGGCAUGCAGUGCCGGAGCGAGAGCGCAAGAAGCACAAGAACUCCGCAGAACCCGUCUGGAGCCCAACAAUGGCCGGAGGAUUGUUCAGCAUCGACAGAGCUUUCUUUGAGAAACUCGGUACUUACGACAGCGGCUUCGACAUUUGGGGAGGCGAGAACUUGGAGCUUUCGUUCAAGACAUGGAUGUGCGGCGGCACGUUGGAGAUUGUGCCAUGUUCGCAUGUUGGACAUAUCUUCAGGAAGCGCUCUCCCUACAAGUGGCGAUCUGGUGUCAAUGUCCUGAAGAGGAAUUCUGUGAGACUGUCAGAAGUCUGGCUAGAUGAGUAUGCCAAGUACUACUACCAGCGCAUUGGCAAUGAUCUGGGAGACUAUGGUAAUGUAUCAUCUCGUAAGGAACUGAGGAAGAAGCUGGGCUGUAAGCCAUUCAAGUGGUACCUUGAUAACAUCUACCCUGAACUCUUUAUUCCGGGAGAAGCUGUUGCAUCAGGCGAGGUUCGAAAUCUUGGACUGGGAGGGAAGACUUGUCUAGAUUCUCCUGCGCGUAAAGCUGACCUGCAUAAGCCGGCCGGUCUGUACCCCUGCCACAAUCAGGGUGGAAACCAGUACUGGAUGCUGAGCAAGUCAGGUGAAAUAAGAAGAGAUGAGACGUGCCUGGACUAUGCUGGUCAGGAGGUCAUACUGUACCCCUGCCAUGGCUCAAAGGGAAACCAGUUUUGGCAAUAUAACUCAGAUACACAUCUGAUACAGCAUGGGAGCAGCAAGAAGUGCUUAGCAAUCAGCUCCAAUAAGCAGAAGCUUCUCAUGGAGGAGUGUGACAUCAGCAACCAACAGCAGCAGUGGAAGUUCCAGAACUAUGAUCCGUCCAAACUGUAGAUUUGUCAUGUAAUAUCAGCUCAUAUCAAGUGAAGUUUUGUGCCAUCAUCAACUUGGUUCAGUUCCCAGCUGAAGAACCUUCUACCAGAAAGUAACUGAACGAGUUAAAUCAUUCUGCUUCAAUGAGUGCCAACCAUUGAUUCAGCGAAGACUGAAGAUCCCAUCUUAUGGCUGAUCACAAGUCACAGUUAUGCUUGCAGUGGAAGCAGUGUUUCCAGUUGCUGCGUCUUUAGUGAAUAGCAGUGAGAAGUUUGAAUCAGCGACUGUCAUUACUGAGUACAAGGACCUCUCAUGACAGAACAGAGUUGCUGCUCAUGAUGCUAAAAUUGAACUUGAUGUGUAUGAAGAUUCACUGGCUGAUGUAAUUGUACAGGAGAAUGAGCUGCAGUGGAUUCAGAUGGUGUGACAGAACAGAAUAUUUGACAAUUCAUGUAAUUCCGGUCAACUGCGUGCAAGUUUGAUCUCUCGCCUCAGCAUGAUGUUGUGUCUCAUGAAGCAGGAGACAUCUCACGGUUGUUAUAACAAGUUCUGCAGUUUGUGACAUUAAUGGUGAGGACACGCUCUCCAUGAAAAUUUUUAUGACUGGUUUUAUUUAAACUGGUAAAGUUACUUAAUAAUCAUCUUAUGUUUGAAAAUAGACCAGUGCUAUUGAAAUUUUUCUAGGAUUCGUUGUAAAUAAUCUUUUUGGACUUAUAAAAAUGGCAUAUUGCAUAAGGAAGGAUUUAGAAUAUGAGACUCUGGGAUACAGAAAUUUGUGUCCCAGCUUUCUGAAUUCUACGGGUUGUGUAUAAGGAUGGCUUUCUGGGUGCCGAAUGCCCCUUAAAAGGGAACGAGGUGUGUGCCAGCUAAUGUUCUUGAUAAGGCUGAAGUAAUGAAAGGUGUACUGAGGUUAGGAUGUUAUUUAUUGUUAACAGUGCAUGGAAGUGAAGAAGGUAGCAUUUCCUCCUCCUGACAUAUCAUAGCGUAGAAGAAGAUUUGUUAUGUUGGAUUAUAGGUUUUAAGAGUGGUGACUAAACAUUUCUCUCUUCUGGAAUGUGACGCCAUGUAGUCUGGUAGAAGAUCACUGAUGAUGCAGAUGAACAUACUGCAUACAUUUCAGGCCAAACUGUAAGUCUGGUUACUUUCUCGACUCAUUCGUAUGGCGUCUCAUCCCAGAAGAUGGUAAUCUUCGCGAUUUGUUAAUGUGUGUGUGUGACAGAAAGAGAGAUGGUGCAGACGUAUAUCUUCAUUUGUUACAAUUGGUGGUGGUUGGUUUGUUGUGGAGUGUGUGGGAACAUAUCAAAAAAAUGAAUUUAGUAUAGGGGUACAAAAAAUGUGCGUUUAAUGAAAACAGACAGAGAAGAAGAUAUGGCAAUGAAUCUAUCUUUGUAAAAGAGAAUUGAAUAUUGUACUUUCACUGCUGUACAGCUGCCAUCUUUAAAGUCAGCCUUUAUUACUGGCAUUUAAGAUAAUAUCAUUGGGGGGGGGGGGGAUACUGUUCAUAUUUUUACACAGAGGGUAGAAUUAGAGUGUAGGGCCACAUAAAUAGGUAUUGUAUUUAGAAUGGUAAGCUCAGAGAGAGAGAGAGCAGUUAUGAUCACUUUUCAGGCUUGCCUUCAGUAAUAAUUUUAGUUUCUUCUGUAUGGCUGCACUGUCAUUGAAGAAAAGUAUUUCACUGUGCUCUCUUUCACCAAGUACAGUGGAACUCCUAUUUAAUGUUUCCUCAUUUAACAUGAACUGAUCCCAAGUGUGUAAUCUCAAUGUUAACUAGAUUUCCUCAGUUCAGUGUUCAAAUCAACUGCUCUCCUGGGAAAUCUUAAACAGAGGUUUCACUGUAUUCCUCUGAUUAUUAGAGUCUGGACAUGAAUGUAGUCACAUGUCCAAAUACCUGCUUUCUUUUAGAAUUGACUUUUUAUCCACAACAAAAGGCCAUUGCCACAGAAUAUAAAAGAAUGCAUAGUCCAUAACUGUGAAAGCAUUGUUAGCUCUCACAACUUCAGAUAUAAUGAUUUCUGUGUUGUGGGAUGUGAUGCCAUGCACUCUGGUAGAAAAGUACCAGUGUGUCUGAGUAAUUUGUUUCCUCCAUCUCUUCUGUCCUUUAUGUUGACACAGCAUUCAUCCAAAACAUUGGUAUCUUUCUAUCAGGCUAUGUGGCACCAUGUCUUAUAAGACAGUAAUAUUUUGUUCACAUCAUGUUCACUUGAUGAAAGAAGCAGAGUCAAAUUCAUAUACAUAGCGGCUUUUUAUGAAAACUAGGAUCAUCAGCAGCAGCAGCAGCAGCAUGGUGUACUGAACUGUGCACACUGGGGAUCAUAUUUUGACUCAGCUGCUUUCAAACUAGGGUGAUUUAAGAAAAAAGUAUGGUCUUAACCCUUUUCAUACCCGUGAGCUGAUCAAAUCGGCUUUACAUACUUGUAUUAAAACUGUCACAACCAAAGGAUUUGUUCAGUAUUACUCAUUUAGUACAACACUUCUCUCAAUAGAGGGCAUCAAAUAUGGUAUAUCAUAUUUAGAGGAAAGAACAGGCUUUUAAACUAUCUUUACCUGUGGUCGUUUGAAGGUGAUAAGAGCUUUGUCUGUAUUUACCUCAGAGUAGCCUUGGCAUUUUGUGUAGGUAUUUUUAAUAGCUGCAUUUGGUGGUGAAAGGGUUAGAUUUUGAAAUGGAAACUGAAGUAUGAUGAAAUGAAAAUGGGAAACAAGUCUGAAUUAAGGGGAUAGCUGUUUUAUCAUUUACUGGUUCCAUGAGUUGUCCAUUUGCAAAUAAAACUGCAAAAGUGAUCUGCUGUCUCUUUAAGAAAUGUAAGUUUCUCAUGGCAAUGAGUAUUAAGAUAAAGACCUUGUAUGGGCAGUUCAAUAACCUGCUGCUGCAUGUGAAAUGACCUUUUAAACCAGUAUUAUGGCUUUUUGACCUGCCAUUUGUUUCAAGAUUACAGGCUAGAAGUAUAAAGAAACUGUAUAUCAUGAGUAAUUAACUGUCACAGUAAUGAAAGGCAAUUUCCUGCCAUCUGUUAAUGGCAAGCUAAAAUAAAAUGCCAGUGAUAAUUGAGGGCAAGACAGGUUAUUUCCAGGUAUGAUCUGCCAUUAUCAGCCACAAGUGUCACCCAGCAUUCCCAUACAAUGGUUCAUUGUCUAGGAAAGGGUGGCAUGUCACUGGGUGGGUACCAGUGUUACAGAUGAAUCUGCCGAUCUUCUGCACCAGGUUCCUCUGAAACUGUGGCACCAUGACCCAAGAUACCAUUAUCUUCACUGUGUCUUCAAUUUACAUAUUUGACAUUUUGCUUGGAAAAAUGGCUCUUUAGGUGAUCAGUGAGUAUAAAGAAAUUUAUUGUUUUGUAAAAACAAAAGUAAUGUGUGUUAAACUAUAGAUGUAGUUCUUAAGGCAGAAGUUGUUAAGGUGUUGCCUAAAGCCAUCUUGAUGCCCCAUUUGCAUAUCUUAAAAAUGUAGGACCAUUGAAAGCGUU